AUGAUUGAGGAAGAAAUACGCAAUAUUGAAGAUUCGUUGCCAACUCUUGAGCGUUCCGUAAAAAUAGCAUUCCUGCCAAAAGAUGAAGCGGAUAGUAAAAGUGCUAUUAUUGAAAUUAGAGCAGGCACAGGCGGUGAAGAGGCAGCACUUUUUGCUGCUAAGCUGUUUAAUAUGUAUCAAAGAUAUGCGGAAUUAAAAGGCUGGCGUUUUGAGAUAUUAUCUAUUGAUGAGACAGGCAUAGGGGGAUACAAAGAAGUUUCAGCAUCUAUAAAAGGUAAAGAUGUAUUCUCUAAGCUCAAACUUGAAUCAGGAGUCCAUAGAGUGCAGCGUGUUCCGGAAACUGAAUCGCAGGGGCGUAUUCAUACCUCGGCUGCUACUGUUGCUGUACUUCCUGAAGUAUAAGAUGUUGAUAUUAAACUUGAGGAAAAAGAUUUAAGAAUUGAUACUUAUAGAGCUUCAGGAGCAGGAGGGCAGCACGUUAAUACAACUGAUUCUGCUGUCCGAUUAACACAUAUACCUACCGGUAUUACUGUAGCACUACAAGAUGAAAAAUCCCAACAUAAAAACAAAGCCAAAGCAUUAAAGUUCUUACGUGCUAGAAUAUAUGAAGAAGAACGUCGGAAAAAAGAUCAAGAAAGAGCCAAUAAUAGACGUGAGCAAAUAGGCUCUGGGGAUCGUUCGGAGCGUAUACGUACUUAUAAUUUUCCACAAGGACGUGUAUCGGAUCAUCGAAUAAAUCUUACUCUUUAUAAAAUAGAUGAGGUAAUUAACGGACAGUUAGAUAAAUUUAUUGAGGCUUCAAUUGCAAAUGAUGAGGCUAAGAAGCUUUCAGAUAUAUAA